UCCCAGCGCUCUUUUCCCGGAUGUGGUGAACUGCAUGCAGACAGACAACCUGGAGCUGAAGAAGCUGGUCUACCUGUACCUGAUGAACUAUGCCAAGAGUCAGCCAGACAUGGCCAUCAUGGCAGUCAACACCUUUGUUAAGGACUGCGAAGAUCCGAACCCCCUCAUCCGAGCCCUGGCCGUCCGCACGAUGGGCUGCAUUCGUGUCGACAAGAUCACCGAGUAUCUCUGCGAGCCGUUGCGGAAGUGCCUGAAGGACGAGGACCCCUACGUGCGCAAGACGGCCGCCGUCUGCGUGGCGAAGCUGCACGACAUCAAUGCCCAGCUGGUGGAGGACCAGGGUUUCCUGGAUACUCUGAAAGACCUCAUUUCAGACUCCAACCCAAUGGUGACUAGCUUUUUUGGGGUGGGGGGUGAGGGCAGUGGAGAUGCCCUUUCCA